AUGGCCGCCAAGAACCUUCCCCCCGCGUUCAAUGCCACGUCGCAAGACAUCGAGAUGCUUCUCUCCGCCCAAUGCCACAUCGGCAGCAAGAACUUGCAGGUGCACAUGGAGCCAUAUCUGUGGAAGACACGCCCGGAUGGCAUCAACGUCCUGAACAUUGGCAAGACUUGGGAGAAGAUCGUCCUCGCCGCCCGCAUCCUCGUCACCAUCGACAACCCCGCCGACAUCGCCGUCAUCUCCGCCCGCCCCUACGGCCAACGCGCCGUGCUCAAGUUCGCCGCCCACACCGGUGCCUCGGCCAUCGCCGGUCGCUUCACCCCCGGUAACUUCACCAACUACAUCACCCGCUCCUUCAAGGAACCCCGCAUCAUCGUCGUCACCGACCCGCGCACCGACGCCCAAGCCAUCAAGGAGGCCUCGUACGUCAACAUCCCCGUCAUCGCCCUCUGCGACACCGACUCCCCGACCGAGUACGUGGAUGUGGCCAUCCCGACCAACAACAAGGGUCGUCACGCCAUCGGUCUGAUCUGGUGGAUGUUGGCCCGUGAGGUCCUGCGUCUUCGUGGCACCCUCGCUUCCCGCGAAGCCGAGUGGGAUGUCAUGACGGAUCUGUACUUUUACCGCGACCCCGAGGCGGAGGAGAACAAGGAUGCUUCCGACCAGCCGGAAGAGAAGGUCCCCGGUGUGGACGAGGCUGGCCCGGGCGCAGUCGAGUCCGGCUUCAACAACGAGUGGGAGGUCUCGGGUGCCGGUGCCGGUGCUUUCACCGCUGGUACGAAUACCGCCGGUGGUCAGGCGGCUAGCACAUGGGAUGCCGAGGGUGCUGAUUGGGCUGCUGCUUCCGCGCCGGUGGAGACGGGUAACCAGGGCUGGAGCGAGCAGCCUGGUGCUCAGCCUGCUGCUCCCGAGACGAACUGGUAG